AUGUGGUUGUGGUCACUGUUCUGCGUGGCGUUGGUUUACUCGGCCGCGGCCGAAGAUUAUGCUAACAACUCGGCUGUGAAGACUUUCCAAAAGUACAUCCAGAUUAAUACCACCACCGGCAACGAUUUUACACCAGCCAUAAAUUUCUGGCAAAGGCUGGCGACGAAGCAGGGGCUGAAUACCAAUGUGUAUAGGUUCACGGCCGAGUACCCCGUCAUAGUGAUUAAGUGGCCUGGUUUAAACUCUACGUUGGGCAGCAUUAUGCUCAACUCACACAUGGAUGUAGUACCUGCUGACGAAAAUGAUGGUUGGACAAAUCCCCCAUUUUCGGGCUAUCUCGAUAGUGAGGGCGUAAUUUGGGGUCGUGGCACACAAGAUAUGAAAUCUGUUGGGAUACAGUAUUAUAUAGCGCUGAAGAGAUUGAAAGCAAAAAAUAUUACAUUGCUGAGAGACGUUUACAUGACACUUAUGCCAGACGAAGAGACGGGUGGGAAGCAUGGCAUGAUUCCGUUCUUGGCGAGUGAAGAGUUCAAAUCAAUGAACGUUGCUGUGGAAAUGGACGAGGGAUCUUCGUACAACUUGCCUUUUAGUCCUGUUUUCUACCAGGAUAAGGCUGUGUGGCAAAUCCGCGUGGAUUGUCAUGGCUCUGCCGCGCAUGGCUCUACAUUGCCGGCCUUAAACACCACAGCUAUUGGGAAAUGUUAUAAUGUAAUGACUAAAUUGCUGGCGUUACGAGAGGAAGAAUACCAGGUGUCGCUAAAAUCUGGUAUCACCAAUGCUGGGAGCUUCACGUCCGUCAAUCUUAACAUAAUAAGCGGUGGUACUGCCAACAAUGUAAUUCCUCAACUUAUUUCUCUUAUCUUCGAUAUCAGACUGGCAACCGAUGUCAACGAAGUACAGUUUGACGCUCAGCUAAGGGAGUCGAUACAGCAAGCAGGUGACAAUAUAACAUUGACCUAUCUACAAAAAGACCCACAGUCACCGGCCACUGUAGUUACCGCUGACAAUCCUUUCUGGACUGCUAUCACUGAAGCCACUACUGCCAAGAAUUUAACCGUGGCACCUAUCGUACCUCCGGGCUCGACUGACGCUCGCUUCACCCGCUUAUCUGGCAUUCCAGCUUUCGGUUUCUCUCCUAUGCCCAACACGGAGCUACUUCUUCAUGCCGUCGAUGAAAGACUUAGUGCCAAAACCUUCCUCGCAGGAAUUGACAUUUACGAACAAAUUAUAUACAACCUCGCUAACUUGCCUGGCGACAAAACUUCUGCAGAUCCAAGCGUUUAUUUAAAAAAUACCACGCAAUGACAAUUUCUGUUAUUAAAGCGAUUUUUUCUAUAAUUCAUUGUUUAUUCUAAAGAUAUUAAUAAAUUAUAGCAAGGUUAGGUAAUGAGUUGUGUGAAACAUCUUGAGGAUGCCUUAGAGUGUAAACGAAAAGUCAGGCAUGUCGCUCAUACUGUCAGGAGCAAAUCAACAUUUUCUAGAUUCCUAACGGUAGCUACGUUGACGUACUGAAAGUAAGGAAUUCAUUACAGAACUAAUAGCUUAACAAUAUUGUAUUAAUUGUUUUUAAAAAAAAUUAUAUCUAGCACCCGAAAGAAUUUGUAAUACUUUACAUACAUUUGUAUAAUUUCACGGCGUCAUUUUCAAACUAUAAAAAAAGGCUGUAAUUCCUUUUUUCAUUAAAUCGGCUAGCCAAGAUUCCUUACAGGAUAUGAAUCCUUCAUACUAGAUAAUUUUAACAGCUUUUGUUCUUAAUAAUUAUGAAAUCUGCAAACCCAAUUAACAACUUGCCUACCACUAUAAUGAAACGAGUUACUAUUCCUAAGAAUAUUUUAUUAUAGCCAAACAACUGUUAGAAGAAUCUUGUGCAUAGUAAUGACAAGUAUAUGUAUAUAAAUUGUAUAUCAACAUCGAAGUAAACUUGUUUGAAUACUGUCAUAAAAGUGGAAGUAAAUUAAUUUGCUACUCCGCGAAGCUAUAAAGGUUAAAUCGUGCAAAAUAGCUGCGCUUGUGUUAAUAUUUUUUCACGCAGUUAAUCUUGUGAUCGCGAAGUAGGAAAUAACAUGAACUUCCGCAAAGUAUCCAUUAAUUAAACACUGUCAUAUAUUAUUGCAUUUGAUUUUUGCAUUCUUUGUUUAUCAAUACACCCAACUACAACCAGGUUUGAAGAGUUUU